AUGCACGACCUCUCCCGUGCGGGAGGCUCGUCCCCGCUCUCAACGCUGCCCGCAGAGCCAACGCGCACGCCCCUACAUGUCACCGAGAGGUGGCUCUGCACGAUACGCCCAGAGAACGACCGAACGCGUUCACGAGCCGAAGCGGACUACGCCUGCUGCCUUCAGCGUGGAACGACCUCCUCGCACAACAGACGGGACGCCUCACGCAAGACGACGGCCGCCGCCUCCCGUGUGGAGACCACGACUCGCGCGGUCCGCGGUCCGCAGCCCGGUGAGAAAGCUAUUUGCGGCUGGCUGCGCGUGGAACAAUACGCACACGCGAACGCGGAGGCCGUCUCCCUCACGCGCACGUCGUGA